AGAAGUCCACGCAACAGAAAUGAGGAUUAGAGAUACUAAUUCUCAAUAAAAUUUAAUUAAAACAAAAGAAAAGCUCAAAGGUCAGCAUAAUUUAUUGUUUUUGGCUAAAAACAAUAAAUUUUGUUGGUCCUUUAACAUUUCUCUAAUAUAUUUCAAUCAAAUUUAUGAUCAUGUUAUUAAAACCAAGUUAACAACUAUAAUGUAUUUUUACCCAUUUAUCUUAUAUAUCUUUCUUUAAAGAGAAAUUUAUCAAGAUAAAACAAAAAAAAUUAGAUUAGUUAAAUAUUAAAAAAAAAAAAUUGUUGAUGCCUUUUGAAUGGAAUAUAGAAUAACGAACAUUGCCUGGCUUCUGUUUUUCGUUUGCUCGUUGCAUGGGCAUGGCCAGGGUGGUGUUGAGUUUGCUUUAUCUAUUUUCCAAACCUUUUCUCUUUCUUUGCAGUGUUGUUUUGUCUCAUUACGUAACAUUCAAUCGAACAAGAUUCAAAGGCAAGAUUAAUAAAAAAAAAGCAAUAAUUCCAUUUGGCGUUUGGAAUCCCUCUCUAUGAUCUACUCAAUUCAAUUUCCAAACUCAUUCAUCAAAUCUGAUUGAUGGUAUGGGGAAUCAGUUCGUCAAGAAGCCAAAGGUCACCGAUGUCGAUCGUGCAAUUCUUGCACUCAAGACCCAGAGACGCAAGCUUUCUCAAUAUCGACGAAAGCUUGAUGCUGUUAUUGAAGCGGAAAAGCAAGCUGCACGAGACUUGGUUCGUGAAAAGAAGAAGGACAGGGCCUUGUUAGCAUUGAAGAAGAAAAAAGCACAAGAAGAACUGCUGAAGAAAGUGGAUUCCUGGCUUAUAAAUGUUGAGCAACAAUUAGCAGAUAUUGAACUUGUAAGUAAGCAGAAGGAUGUCUUUGAUAGUUUGAAGGCCGGUAGCAAUGCAUUGAAGGCGAUACAGAAUGAGCUAAACAUCGAGGAUGUUCAGAAACUUAUGGAUGAUACAGCUGAAGCUAAAGCUUAUCAAGAUGUAAGUUUAACUGCCUCUAACUUUGUUUUGCUAUCCAUAUUUUGCUGCUGCUUUUCUCUUUUCCCAUCCGUUAUUUCCCUUCCUUGGUUACUGAUGGAUGCCACUAUUUUCUUGAAUUUAAAGGAAAUUAAUGCAAUAUUAGGAGACAAGUUAUCAGCAGAAGACGAGGAGGAAGUUUUGGCUGAAUUUGAAAACUUGGAAACUCAGCUUAUUGACGACGAUCUUCCCGAAGUUCCCACAGCGGCGUCUAUAUAUACCGACGAGAAACUGGACCUUCCUGACGUCCCAACCACAGCACCGGAUGUGGAAGUUGCUGCCAAUUCUACAAAGAAAGUUAUGGAGGAACCCCUGCCAGCUUGAAGAUCAUUUGUGACCUGCAUGCAAAUUUUGGGGAAGCAUUGGCCUCCAGCCUGGUAUAUAGUAUAUCUAUAUACUUCAAUGCGAAGCUAAUUCAUAGCACUUAUAAGGCAAAGACUACCAUCUAUGAUCUUCGGAAUGCAGCAACAUGAAACACAGCAGCAGGAACUAGCAGG